AAUCAAUGUUGUUCCAGCGCUAACAACGAGUGCUGAUCUGAGCGAAUUUGGUUGAUUUCAUUUGGUUUUGUUUUAAAUUAAUCGUGUCGUCACGAUCGGAUCGGAUCAGAUUCCCCCAUUACCUUUGAGCGUACCGCCUAUACUUGAAGUGAAAUGUCGCUUAAUCCACAGUACGAGGACAUUGGCAAGGGAUUUGUGCAGCAGUACUAUGCGAUAUUCGAUGACCCGGCGAAUCGGGCGAACGUGGUUAAUUUCUACAGCGCUACCGACUCUUUCAUGACCUUUGAGGGCCACCAAAUACAGGGAGCACCCAAGAUUCUGGAAAAAGUUCAGAGUCUGAGCUUUCAGAAGAUUACCAGAGUGAUAACCACAGUGGACUCGCAGCCUACCUUCGAUGGCGGAGUUCUGAUCAACGUCCUUGGAAGACUACAGUGCGAUGACGAUCCCCCACACGCCUACUCGCAGGUCUUUGUCCUGAAGGCCAACGCAGGCACCUUCUUCGUGGCCCACGACAUCUUCCGCCUCAACAUCCACAACUCUGCCUAGGAGCGCUCCACUCCCCUACACUUGCACACCACUCAGCACCACACACAACCGACAUCCAAAGAUGCCCAGCCUAACGAUAACAACAAGCUCGUCGGUGGAACUCAGCAAAAAGAAUAACAAAGCCAAGCGCGGUCUCACGUUUAUCAGUAAAUCCAAAAGCUAGAAGAAGAACGAAAACACAAUAAAAAAAAAAAAGAAAUUA